CGGCAAUUCUCCUCAGCUGAGUGCUGCUGCGCUUGACUUGGCAAAGACGGCGAACAGCACGACCGCGCUUCCUGAGAUCGUACCUUUACCAUUAAUAUCUAGACCUCCAACGACUGCGCCAAAAUGCCCCUCUACCAAAUGUUCUGCAUUGCCAGUCAUUUUAGGGAAUACAAACACAUAAAAGACCUGGUGACCAUGUCUGCGAUGCAUGUGAUGAAUGAAGGCGGUGUAGUGCGAAAUAUCCAGUUCAACGGAACACAAACGCUUCCCGAACGAAUGCGGCGCCAUAAACAGUAUUACACCGUUGGAGACUAUUGGACGAUGCACUUUGACACCUCACCUCGCACACUACGCACACUGGCUGGAAUGAUGCGCCGAGAUCAUCGCGUUAUAAGAUGGACGAUGUUGAAGUUGGGUGAAAAGGCGGAAAAUGUGGUCACUUCAUCUGAGCAGACGGUGGAACGCCAUUUACCGACAUCACCGAGCAAAACCAGCACGCAUUGGUCCUUGUGACGCGUUUCUGAUAUCUUAUUUGAUUUCUGGUCUAGAACAUUUUGUGGAGUCAAUUUUGUGUUUUUGAAGACUCUAACCCAGCCAACGACGGACAAGCUUUCAAGUGGUUUGUUGUUCUACCCACUUUACCACCCCCCACAGGUCAUUCACUACCUGUACACCUUGGAGAUUUUCACCUUCCUCCUUGCGUUCACCAUCACCUUCUGGCCCGGUCCUGCGCAGCAGCAGGGCAUGCAUUCCAGCAGCCCGAGCACCAUGAUAAUCACUGAAAGAAAUUCGAAACGACGUGACUUUGUGAACGUUAGGACAUACCUUUCAAGUUCAUCUCCUACGUGAACACCGUCCUGCGUCUCCAUCGGGAUUGACUCAGACUGCGUGCUGGACGCAAGUGCAAGACGAAAUAUUUUGGCAUCCGGUUUCUCUAUUCCCACAGCCUCGCUCAGAAUAAUUGAGUCGAGGUACG